AUGACUAUAUCUCUGCUUCUUGGAGAAUUUAUUGUCAGGUGCAAUUUUCAUUAUAAUGCACAUUUCAGAGGCCUAUACGAAGAUAAGGAGGAAGUGUUCAAGAUGUACAAAUCAUUUCAAGAAGUACGUUUUGGAAGGGAAAAGAAAAGAGAACACAUCGUGCCUGUGCGGCGAGGCUACUGGGGGAACAAGAUUGGCAAGCCCCACACCGUCCCUUGCAAGGUGACAGGCCGCUGUGGAUCAGUGCUGGUGCGCCUCAUCCCUGCGCCCAGGGGCACUGGCAUCGUGUCCGCACCAGUGCCCAAGAAGUUGCUGAUGAUGGCUGGGAUUGACGACUGCUACACCUCAGCCAGGGGCUGCACUGCCACCCUGGGCAACUUUGCCAAGGCCACGUUUGAUGCCAUCUCCAAGACCUACAGCUAUCUGACUCCAGACCUCUGGAAGGAGACCGUAUUCACCAAGUCCCCGUAUCAGGAAUUCACGGACCACCUGGUGAAGACCCAUACCAGAGUCUCUGUGCAGAGGACCCAGGCUCCAGCAGUGGCCACCACAUAACCUUUUAAA